AUGGCCCUCUCCCGCCAUCACGCCGCCUUCUCCAAGCCGCUGAGCGUGGAGGAUAUCGUAUCAGAGGCUCAAAACUUUGAAUUCAACACUCGACGCUCUCUCCAGCAAUGGCUUCGCUCCGCAAGAAUGCUGCUGACAGAAGCGGCCAUUUGCGAGCAAGAAGCAAACUUGGCCCAGGCAUAUCUCUAUCUUUACCGUCACGCCGAGCUGGUUUUGGGGAAACUGCCCCAGCAUCCCGACUACAAGGAUCCCAAAUUCAAACCAGAGUUGUCUCAAGCGAUGAAGUCGUUGCAGAGAAAUCUCGUCAAAUUGGAGCAAUGGAAACCAAGAAUCAACCAGGAGCAUCAGCGUUAUGUCAAAGCUGUGGAGAGGAGGAAUGCGGAGAGGCAGAGGGUGCAGGAGGAAUUCAAUGAAGCGGGAAGGCAGAGGUACUCUUAUGAUGCCUCGCGGAGAGGUUCCCUGGCUUCGCAAGGCAGUGCCAGUCCCACUCGAGCACUUGAUGUUUCGGAGCAUCGCGAGUUUGCUGUUAACCUGGCUCAWCAGGAGAUCCGCCGAAGGGAUGCAUCCAGAAGAUCGACCCACGAGGCAGGAAUAUCACCUGCCACCGUGGCUCAACGACGCCAGGGUUUUGUCAAUGACGAGGAUUAUUUUGGUCAGAUCGACGAAGCCAAUCGUUACUUCCAACAGCGGGAGCAAGAAUCUCGAUAUCGGGAUCAACCUCCUUCACGUCCGCAAUCUUCGACAACGACACAUCAGUACCACUACCCUUCAGUACCGCGGAGGGAGAGUCGGAAUGAUUGGGAAGCACGUCCAUCCUCCCAUCAAUCCACACGCCCGCCCUCCCACCGUUCAUCACACCCGCCCGCCAUUCCCGCAAAGGAAGCACUCAACCACUCUCAAGAUAUCCCGCCACCAAUUCCAGCUCGGCCUCAUCAACAAGGACAUCAUCAGGGACACGAACCGCAAACUCCUCCCACCCCUGCCGCACCACCCAAAUACACAUUCGCCCCAACAACCACGACCGAAUCCGGAAGCCCUUUGCGAACCGUUCUCCUUCCCCCCACCCUGCGAAAUUCUUUCCUAGACCUCGCCCACUCCAACACACUCCGCAAUCUCGAAACGUGCGGAACCCUCGCAGCGACCUCCAUCUCCGGCGCCCUCUUCAUCACCCACCUCAUCAUCCCCGAUCAAACGUCCACUUCCGACACCUGCGACACCACYGCCUCCGGGGACGCCGCUCUCUUCGAUUUCUGCGAUACAAACGAGCUGUUGGUCUGCGGAUGGAUCCACACCCACCCCUCCCAAACCUGCUUUCUCAGCUCGAGAGAUUUACACACCCAUUCCGGGUAUCAAGUCAUGCUUCCCGAAGCAAUCGCGAUUGUUUGCGCACCGAGAAGUAAUCCCGACUAUGGGAUUUUUCGAUUAACGGAGCCGCCCGGAUUGGAUGCGAUUUUGAAUUGCAAGAAAUCGGGCAUCUUUCAUCCGCAUGAUCAGGAUCAUUUGUACACGGAUGCUGRAGGUGGGAGGAUGGGAGGCGUGGGGCAUGUGGUUGAGGGGCCGGGGUUGGGGUUGAAGGUGGUGGAUUUGAGGAAGUAA